GGACCUUCUUCUGACAGUGAAACCUCCCUUUGUAGAAAUCUUCACUGCUCUGCGAGCAUCUUAAAAGGAUUUGCAUACAUUACUUAACUUGCCUUGUGUUAGCUUUGGGUUGUAAAUACGAUCUGCGGCUGAGGGCAGCUGGAGCGGGAGGCAGAGGCUCACUGGAGGUUCCUGUAGGGCUCAGAAGGAAAAUCAAGCCUCCCGCUGCUUUACCGGGGGUGGCGGGUUUCCCCGAGCAGGCAGAGGCGUGGAGGGGACAUUUUUCAUGGCCACAGUGCUCUGGGUAGGCAGGAGUUUCUGUCUGAGUUAAAGGGCCGCAUAGCCAUAAUCACACCACUUUCAGGAACCAGCCACGCGCGCAGACUCUCCGUUUCAGCUGUCCUGGGGGGAAUUUACUCCCUCGGGCCUUUCCUUAGUCAGUUCCCCAUCCCUAUCCCCCUGGGUCGGUGCCGGUCACCCCUCCCGGGGGCUGGGGACAGCCCGCGGCUGCCGCCCGGAGCCGGGCUGUGCUCCCGCGGCCCGCGCAGGCCGCAUCGCCCGUGCCCCGGAGGCGCAUUUCGGCUCUCCCGCUCCUCCCGGCCUGAGCGAGGCAGCAGUCGCCGAAAUUCAGACGAGCCGCCCGGUUGCAUUUCCUCUGCCGGCGGCACGCGCUCAGCACCGCCGCGGCCGCCCCGCUCCGCGCCCCGGGGCCGGCACCGCCCCGCUCACCCGUCACCCUCCCUCCGCUCCGCGCCGCGGGGCCCGGCGCGGCCUGGGCCGCCCCUGGGCUCAGUAAUUUACUUCAAAUGGCUGAGAAAACAACCAGAGGCCCGCAGGACGUCCCCGGCUCUUCUCCUGAUGAAAAUGAAUUUCCUUUCGGAUAUCCCACUAACAUCUGUGAGGAUGUGCCUGAUCAGAAGUACCUGUGCAGCAACUGCAACAACAUUCUGAAGAAAGCCCUGCAAACGCUCUGUGGGCAUAGGUACUGCUCAGCCUGCCUCUCCUGGAUCGUACGAACCAAUAAAAAUGCGAUUUGCCAGAAAUGUAAAGAGGAAGAUCCCAGCACUUUAAGCGAGGGAAGCCUAUUGGCAGAAGAAAGGGCUUUUGGUGAUGCUGCCAUUAAUAAAGAGAUUUCUGAACUCAAAGUACACUGUGUGACCCUUGGAUGCAGUUGGUCUGGUAUCAUGAAAAAUUUUGAGGAGCAUCAGAGUUUAUGUGAAUAUGCUUUAAUCCCUUGUCACACUGGUUGUGGACACAUGGUGAUGAGAAAGAAACUUGCAGAUCAUUUGGAAAAUGGAUGUGCUAAUAAUGUGACAAUGUGUCAGAAGUGUAAGCGGAGCUUAUCCAGUAGUGAAUACCAAGAACAUUCAUGCGAAGGCAAUUUGUGUAAGGAACAAAAACGUGUGCAAACAGAAACACCAUCAAAGGAAAAGAACUGCCCCACACCCUUAAUCAGCAAGGAUGGAUGUCGUUUUGCUGAAGCUGGCUGUUCAUUUAGGGGAAGCAAAGAGAAGAUAAAGGAGCAUGAAAAAACUGCAGUUGGUGCCCACAUGCUGCUUCUGCUGCAGCACAUAAAGCAACUGAAGGCAAGCUUGUGCACUGCUGCCAAAUCUGCAAACGGUUUCAUCCCACGGUCAGACCUGAAUGUGAAUGGUGCCGGAAAAAGCGUCUCUGAUCUGCAGAUCCCGGGGGGGCUGGAAAUCAAUGGGGAUCUGGAAGUAGACUGUUUUCCUGAAUCUUCUGUUUCUGAGGAUGAAUCUGUUCUGCAACAACUUGUGAGGGAGAAAGUGAUUUCUGAGCUAGAAAAUAAGCUGCAUGUGUUUGAGAAUAUUGUGGCAGUGCUCAAUAAAGAGGUGGAGACCUCUAAUUUGGAAAUCACAGCCUUUCGGAGACAGAGUGAACUCGAUCAAAAUGUAAUACGAGGCCUUGAACUGAAGAUUGCAGAGUUGCACCGGUGCCUGACGCAGAAGGAUGCAGGCCUGAGCAGUCUUCAUAAGACUCUUCUGUUCUCUGAGCAAGCUUCCUAUGAUGGGGUCUUUCUGUGGAAAAUAACGGAUGUUGGCAGGAAGUUACAAGACUCUGUGACUGGAAGAGCAGUCAGUUUGUAUUCACCAGCUUUCUACACUGCGAAGUAUGGCUACAAGGUCUGUCUGAGGGUUUAUCUGAACGGGGAUGGGACGGGAAAAGGAACCCACGUGUCCCUGUUCUUUGUUGUCAUGAAAGGAGACUACGAUGCUCUGCUCCCGUGGCCUUUCAGACACAAGGUUACAUUUAUGUUGCUUGACCAAAAUAACAGGGAACAUAUUAUUGAUGCGUUUCGCCCGGACUUGACUUCUGCUUCAUUUCAGAGACCAGUGAAUGAGAUGAAUGUUGCGAGUGGCUGCCCCAUGUUCCUUCCUCUGUCCAAGUUACAGUCACCUAAAUAUGCCUAUGUGAAAGAAGACACGCUUUUCCUUAAAUGCAUUAUAGAAACAAAUUAGUGAAUCUUGAAAUAGGAGUAUCUGCUAAAUCACCUACUGAGCUUCAUCCGUCCACAAGAAAAAAACCCAUCAGCUUGAGACCUUAUAUUAGUUUUCAUGUGCACAAAAUGCAGAGAGCCUGAGCCUGUGCUCCACCGAAUCAGUUCACGUCAGCCGGGAUCUGCCUGCUAGAGUUAGCUGCUGCCGAGCAUGCCGAGUACGCUGUCUGCGCCCCGCCAGUCUGCUAUUGCGAGCGAGAACUGUGGUUAUUUCAUCAAAACAGCCGAUGCUCCCGGUGUAGAUGCAGGUUGCAGUCACCCCCCUGCAGACGCUGUUCUUCCUAACGCCCGGCCCAGCUCCCUUCCAGCUCCCUUCCCUGGGUCGGUGUGUUUCUGGGGUGCAAGGGAUGAAGCUGAGCUUUCCCCAGCAGCUGCCUUUCCCGGGAGGUGCGGGGCGAGCACCGGCGCGACGGCGCUGGCUGGCAGCCCUAACCGGGGACUUUGGCUGUUCCCCCACCAGGGACAAGGGCAGAUUCCUUCCCCUGGAGCACCGAUCGGGUGUCUCUGUUUGUGCUUAUUGAUGACCUUGAAAGCAGUGCGUUGUGGAAAGCAUUUGUAGCUUGAAUUCCUUAUACCGGAUGUUUUAUUUCUUGCUAUUUAUUUUAGACCUAUAUUUAUGUGCUCUGUAAAGAGAUGUUCUGUUGCCUCAGGAAUCGGUGACCAGAUAACACUGUGCCUUGGGAAAAUCGCCUCUGGUAUUUCCAAAGGGGUCGUUUGACUUUCCCAUUUCAGACCUGGAGCUCUGAGGGUCGUUAACCCUGGGAAUUCCGGAGCUGCCAGUCCAAGCGGCGGUAAGGACCCCUCAGUAGCUUUGUUUUAAAGUGUUCGGUCACUUCCUGAACCUUCAAGGCAAGUGAUUAGAAACUAUUGAUUUUUUUUUUCUUGCUUAAUUCUUUUUAUGUGCUCUGAUAUUUAAGUCUUUUCACACGCUAAAAUAGAAGUAACUACUAGAAAUCGUUUUGUCUUCUUUUAAAAAUAGAGGUAAGGAAUGAUUUUAUCUUUUUUUUUUUUUAUAAGCCAGUCCAGCUUGCAAAUGUCUGGAUGCGUGCAAAGUUCAAAUGCUACACUUUAUCCCCAAAAGCAGCGAGCCUUGCCCCCUUCAUUCCCCGCUUAACCACUGUUUGACAGAAUCGGUGGAGAUGAGCUUGGGUUGGGUGCAGCAGUUUCUGAAUUUCCAGCGAACUCUCCGCGGUACAGCUCGUGUGUCCUGGGCUGCGAGCUGUUCCGCGGGCUGCAGCGUGCGAACCCAGGGCCUGAUCUUGCAGAGAGAGGCAGGUGUGUAUUUAAAGACCUUUCCACAAUUACUUUAUUCAUUUUCCCCUUGCAAUAUUUCCCGUGGCUCAACUGAAAACACAAAGCCGACAGACAAUAUUGUGCCCGCUGUGCGAGGAGGGAGAGGAGAAACUGUUUGUCCACUUAUAUUUUGCAAACCAUGGAAACCGCCGCCGUCUAACAGAGCUGGUGAAAUGCCAUGUGCUGGGACUAACCUCCAGCCUGACGGCUGGCCUACGAAGAGAUUUUGCAAAUCUCUCGUUUCUAUCUUGACAGCAUCCUUUAAAAUAAUUAGUUGUGAUAAAGUAUCAAAUUUCAGAAAAACUCACCCCAUAAACAAACAUCUAUCAAGGCUUGUUUGGGAAAGAACUGGAUAUUCUUUGCCAUCGCACAGAAACAGUCUCUCUCUCUCUCUUUCUCUCUCUUUUUCUCUCUCCCAUGUUUAGAAUGUUUUUUCAGCGACAGAAACUUAUUUUUCCAAAAAUGUUCCAGACCCUGUAACCACACUGGAGUAAUAUGCCUAAAAAUAUUCUGCUUUUCAUGGCUGUGUAAUUUUGACAAGUGCUGUAUUUAUUACAAUCAUUCAUAUUUUCUUACAAUUUUAUUUAUUUCCUAAAUAAA